AUGGACUCCGAUCCAAAGGAGAGGAUUGUCUCGAGUCCAUUGCCGACCGAGCUUCCAGCUUCGCUCGGCUCCUUAUCCCUCGACAACAAUUUCUUCUCGGGGCGCUUGCCUCCAUGGCCAUACCUCAAUGCAUUGUCUCUCGAAAACAAUAAGCUCGAAGGCAGCAUCUCCUCCCUCUGCCAGUCCACAUCUCUGCAGCUUCUUGUGCUAUCGAACAACAAAUUUACAGGACAAAUUCCUCACUGUUUGGGGGAGUCGUUGCGAGGUCUUCAGUCAUUGAAUCUGGGCAACAAUGGUUUCUCCGGCACUAUUCCAAGCAGCAUCAGGUUUCUGACUGGCCUGACCGAUCUGGAACUCAGUAACAAUGGUGUCUCGGGCGAGCCACUGCUGCUGUUGGAGAAUUGCACCAUGUUGAGCUAUGUCGAUCUCGCGGAGAAUAGAUUCACAGGGAUCAUACCACAUUGGAUAGGAGACAAUCUUCCGACGCUGAUAUAUUUGCGGUUGCGUUCCAACAUGUUCUCAGGGCAAAUUCCGACAGAGCUUGCCAAACUUCAAAGCCUUCAGAUAUUGGAUCUCGCAAGCAACGACUUCUCAGGAGCCAUACCGGCUAACAUUGGCAAUAUUAGCGCAAUGGCUUCAUCACAGGCCACGAUCUUUCUUCUACAUCCGAUAGACUUGCAUGUGUAUUCCAAGGGACAGGAUAUGUACUAUAGGCAAAGCCCGGAUCUCGUGAACAGCCUUGAUCUUUCGAGCAACAGCUUGGUCGGAGAUAUUCCGGAAGGAAUUGGAGAUCUUGCGUCGUUGGGGAGCUUGAAUUUGUCGAGAAAUCGUUUAACCGGGAAGAUUCCUCAGAGCAUAGGAGGGCUUGCAUUGAUUGAAUCUCUUGAUCUUUCAAUGAAUCUUCUUUCGGGCAACAUUCCCGAAAGCUUAUCCUCCUUAACCUUUCUUAGUUACUUGAAUCUGUCUUACAACAACUUAUCGGGAGAGAUACCGUCCGGGCAUCAACUCCAGACUCUCGAGGAUCCAUCGAUUUACAUGAACAAUCCUUACCUGUGCGGGCCGCCCGUCUCCAAAAGUUGCUCGAGCAAUGUGACAGUUACCGUAACAGAGAGCGGCGAGAAAGAGUACGGGAAGAAUAACUCUGAUUUGGUUUGGCAAUGCAUUAGCACAAUUCUUGGAUUUGUGAUGGGGUUUUGGAUCUUUUGCGGCGUCAUCUUCUUCAAAGAUAGAUGGAGGCACGCAUACUUCAGUGGCAUUGACAAGCUGUUCGAUGAGACGGUUAGGUGGGCUGCGACUGAUACUGGACAAGUGGCAGGGGUUGCGACUAGUACUGAACCAGUGGCUGAGGCUACAGUUGAUUCUGAGGUCCCACAUCAGAACCCUGUGUUGCUACCGGGGGAGUUGUCCUCUGCUGGCUAUGCGAAGAUUGGGCUCUUCGCCCUCCUCGAUAAGUCCCUGUCUGACUGGGCUGUCCUCCAUGACCAGACACUCCGGAAGCCAUAUGCUGAGCUUUCAACGAACAAUCUCGACUCAGGUGCCCGGGCAGUUUGCAUUAAUAGCAAACCGACUGUCCCAGGGAGCAGGCUGUGGUGA